AUAAAUGGUAGAUAAUAAAAAAAAAUAUUUAUUUUCAGUGAAUGGUGAUAUUUUUAGAAAUGUUAGAGAAUAAAAAAAUUUAUUUCCCGUGGUAAUAUUUUUUAAUAAAAUUAAGAAAUGCAUUAUUUUUCACCGUUACCUAAUCAACAUUCAUACCCUAAAUAUAUGCUGAAAAAAAAGAAGUAAAUAUCAUUAUUCGCUGCUGUGUUGAGACUUGAGAGUUGAGACUUAUCUCUUCGCCCUUACUUCCGAUCAAAAACUCCGGUGUGUCUACUACCGGAACCGGAGAUUGUUCUUCGGAGUUAGGGCAAAAAUAGAGAGAGAAGAAAUUCUGAUGAAGAUGGUUAACCCUUAAGUACUAGUCAAGCAAUCUGAUAGUAACCUAAUUGGAUCUUUGUGUAAAGGUCGUAGCUUUAAGGGGAGCUGAUAGUUGUGUUACUGCGAAUCAACAACGUUGAACCUCCCCCCAAUAUUGGAGCUGAAGAAGUCAUGGAAGAGUCUUCCCAGGGGAGUUUUGUUACAACCAUAAACGAAGAUUAUGAAUCAAUCUGCUGGGGCUGUGGACUGAACCUUGUUCUUCCAUCAUACGCACCUGUUUUCAAGUGUGGCUGGUGUGGUGCAAUCACGAAUCAUAAUCCUGUCAGACCUGAAACCAGAAGCUUUGGGCUGAGACGUAUCCGCGACCGAUGUUUCGUCGUGAUUCUUGCUGUUUUCAUGCUCUUUGUCAUAUGUGGUGGGAUUUGGGCAGCUUAUCCGGUCGUGUUUUCGAUCAGCUUGGCUUGCGGGAUUCUCCAUUCUGUUACAGCAGUGUCUCUGGCGAUAUCAACGUUAACAACAUUCAUGAUUGUUGCUUUUAAAUGCGCGGGGAAACCAAUUGAUAUUGUUUAUGGAACCCACCCUGGUGUAGGGAACGGCGCACUCAACAACUAUACCUUUUGUCACACCUGCUCCAAACCAAAGUCACCUAGAACCCAUCACUGUCGCACGUGUGGCAUGUGCGUCCUCGACAUGGAUCAUCAUUGCCCCUUUAUUGGUAACUGUGUUGGUGCGGGCAAUCACAAAAACUUCGUCGCCUUCCUUAUCUCGGCCAUUAUAAGCACAAUCUACGCUUCUGUUAUGUGUGUGUAUUCCCUGAUUCAUAUCUUGCCAUCCCUAGAAAAUGGAGCAGCGUAUGCAUCGUCACAUGCUAGUAAUAGUGUAUCGAUUCUGAGAGGAGUGAAGAGUAUCGUGCUUGCUUACUUAUCCAACGCUGUCUUCAUCUCUGUACGAGGCCUUGUUCUAUUAUACCUCUUUGUGGCGAGUGUCUCCGUGGCCAUUGGUUUAAGUGUUUUGCUAUGGCAGCAGCUUAGCUAUAUCUAUGAAGGAAAGACUUACUUGAACCAUUUGAGUUCUCAAGGAAGCGAGGAAGAUGGUGAAAAGAGCUUUGGGAAUCUUUUGACGUUUUUUGGAUGUCCACUUUUGAUUGAGAGGCACUUGCCAACUAUAAGGAACUUGAGGAAGAGACAUAAGACAUGAGAAGAAUGGUGAGUCAAUAUUCUCUGUUAUGUUUCCUCCUGCAACAUCUGGAGCUUGUUUUGGGUCAUUCAGAAUCAUUAAUCAUAGUUGGAGCUAACUGGUUAUGAAGAUGAGCAAAGCUUGUAUCUUGUUUGUGAAAACUAAUAUUCAUAGAAUAUAGUAAAUUUUGUUUCCAUACCGUAAAGCUCAAAGCUUCUGGCUAUCUUAAACGCACUUGGCCAUA